UGGUUUUAUUUUCCAUCCAUAUUUAAUGUUAAUAAUAAUAAUAACAAUUCCAGAAUUUCUACAUUUUGGUAAACAUACUUUACAAAGUGUUUAGAAGACAUAAUAAAUAAUGGUUUCUAUGACAUGUUGAAAGUAUUCCCGUUAAGGUAUUGCAACACAAUCAGUGAUUGGCUCUGCUGUAAUUUCCACCCCCCUUCCUUCUAUUCACCUUGCUUUGGUGUCUACGAUGUGUAACAGUGUGACAUUAGAAAUAGGACUGUAUUUACAGCAAUAAAAAACUGUAUGGUACAGCAAUAUUAAAUGUCCCUCUUGAACUUUGGCAACACUUGGGGGCUGGCAUUAGGUGUGUGCUGUCAGCUGCCUGGCAGAGGGACCCCAUCGGCCUACUAUUGAAGAGAUUCUACAUUGCUGUCAUUCCUGCUGGGGGUAGCUGAUAGCACCAACUGAAAGGUAAGACAGUGGCUCUCUGUGCUUUCUGCAGACUAACCUACUGCAUUUACAGUAGGUUUUGUAAGCUGGAUAUAAUUUCUGGUGUUCAUUUUGUCUUUGAUGUUUUUUUUUUUUCCAUCCGUGGACUCUGUGUUUUCACUUAAGCUCCAGGAACUCACUACACAUCUGACAAGAUGGCAGGAGGAAUCUUCACCAACUUGGAUAACCAGUGUAACGUGGAUUGUAUUAACAUCCACCCCCUGGUGUGUCAUCUGUGUCAUGAGCAGUACCAGUCCCCAUGUCUGUUGGACUGCUACCACAUCUUCUGUGCCCGCUGCUUACGAGGCCGGACCAAUGACAACCGUCUCAGCUGCCCCCUCUGUGGGUAUCCAUCUGUAGUGAAAGGGAAUAACACCCUCCCACCAGAGGACCGUCUGCUGAAGUUCCUUGUUGACAAUAAUGCAGAUGCUGAAGAGACAGUCCAGUGUGCCAACUGUGACCAGGAAAGUAACAAAAAGGAGUCAGGGAUGAUGUACUUCUGUAACACUUGCAGCCAGCCACUGUGUGGCGCCUGCAGGGAGCUGACUCACAAGGCCAGAAUGUUUUCCCACCAUGAGAUUGUUUCCUUGGCCAAACGCAAUAAAGCCAAACACAGGAAGUGCUCUCUCCACGAGGAGCCCUACAUCCUCUUCUCAACAGAGAAUACGUCUAUGCUUUGUAUCAAGUGCUUCAGAGACAUGCAAGUGGAGAGUCGGACUCACUGCAUUGAUAUUGAAACAGCUUACAUGCAGGGGUGUGAGAUGUUGGACCAGGCUGUGCUGGUGGUGAAGGAGCUGCAGACCUCAACUCGAGAGGCGAUCGUUCUUCUGCGAGCGAUGAUAGGAGAAGUGUGUCUAAAUGUAGAGGAAGAAGAGAAUGCAAUCUGCAGUCUGUUCAACAGCUUGCAGGAAAAACUAGCAGAGAGGAAGAAGAUUCUGCUAAGAGCAGCUCAGAGUCAACACGAGGAGAAGGAGAAAGCACUUAAGGAGCAACUCUCACACCUUACUGCCCUAUUACCAACCCUCCAGGUUCACCUCGUCACCUGUUCAGCUUUCCUCAGCUCAGCCAACAAGUUUGAGUUUUUGGACAUGGGCUACCAACUAAUGGAGCGGCUGAAGAGGAUUGUCAAGCUCCCUCAUCGACUGAGGCCAGUGCAGAGCAGCAAAAUCAACACAGACUACAGAAGUGAGUUUGCCCGCUGUCUAGAGCCCUUACUGCUGCUAGGACAGCGCUGCCCUCCCUCUGUCGCUGGAUCUGCAAACAUUGCAAUGAGGCUCCAGUCUCCUCUCUCCAUGUCCUGCCGCUCCCCGUCUCUCAGUGAGAUGCCCCCAGGUUCUGUGUUGGGGCGAAGGCCCACCUCUCACCGCAACAUCUGCACCAAGGUCCUCCUGGCUGAGGGAAAGGAAACACCCUUCACUGAGCACUGUCGCAACUAUGAGAACACCUACAAGACUCUCCAGACAGAGAUUCAGAAUCUGAAGGACCAGGUCCAGGAGCUGCACCGAGAUCUGACCAAGCACCACUCCAUCAUCAACACAGAUAAAAUGGGCGAGAUCCUGGACAGAUCACUGCACAUUGACAGCCAGAUAGCCACCCAGUACUCCACUGUGGAAACUAUGAGAGUCAUGUUUGAAGAGAUCUGGGAUGAAACUUUUCAGAGAGUUACCAAUGAGCAGGAGAUCUAUGAAGCCCAGCUUCAUGACCUGAUGCAGCUGAAGCAGGAGAACUUCUACCUAACCACCAUCGCCAGACAGAUCAGCCCUUACAUCUUGUCCAUCGCCAAGGUCAAAGAAAGACUCGAGCCCAGGUUUCAGGAGCCUAAAGAGCACCAUGAUGACCGCACAGAAACAAUGCUGAAAAUCUAUGAGGACAGCUCAGUAGCAAAGGAAAGUCAUGACAGUGACAGCCAGACCUGUGUCUCAGACCAAGACAGAGACAAGAACAACCGCCCACUGAUCCUCGAAUCGGGAGAGCUCUGUCAAACCAAUCGUCCAGUCAGGCAGAGGGGCCCCAUGGAGACGUCCAGCCACAAUGAGAUGCCUUCAUAAACACAUGUCAUUUGAUUUCUGUCCCUCUCCCUCUCCCCUCCUUGGCCCCCUGGAGCAAUGUGCCUUAAAUCAACUAUAACAAGCCCAGGAUGGUAUGUGACUUCUUCAGCUGUCCAGAUACUGUACAUAACAUUUCCUCAGCAGCGGGGAGCUGUCAACAGCUCCAAGGUAAGCUGCUGGAUAGACACUAACUGUGUGCACAUGCAUGGAGGUCAAAGACUCACAGCUGUCAGAGCCUGACACGGAAAGCCUCCUUGUGCAAAGAGGAGAAAGAUAACAAUAUCAUAAGGAAUUGCUUUGGCGUUAUUUAAGAGCCAGGGAUCUGCUGUAAUGAGAGAACAGAGAGAAUAAUCUUAUUUCUCCAGAUUGCCUUUUGUUGUUGUGUUUGUGCUUUGACUGUUAAAGCGAUAAGUAUGCUGAGAGUGUGAAUCAUUGCUCUUCUUUGUCUUUUUUCUAUAGUGUGUGUAGAAUUGCUUUUCUGCAGUAUCUGUUCUUUGCAUAAAACAUUUUUUUUGGAGGCUGGAGCCUGAUGAUGAAUGACUGCCCAGGUCCGAUUCCUCAGAAGAUUGUUCAGUGUGACAGCGCAGAUGGAAAACAGAAAAUGCAAUGAUGUGUGUGUCAUUCUGGGUGUCAGCAUAGGUCACAUGUUGAUUUGUGUCAUGUGUGUCAUCUCACGCAUCAGUCCCCUCCAAAAUGUAGCAGUCUUUUCCAGGAUGGUGUCUGCAGCAUGUUUCUUUUUCUCCCUGCAGUUUCUACAUGUAUGUGCAAGAGGUGAAAAAAUGGAAUUGCAGAGGUAUGUGAAUGCUACCAUGCUUGCCUUACCCCCGAUCUCCAAGUUUUUUAGACUCCACACUCAUCCUCAAUAUCCCAGCCAACCAAAGAGCAGAGCUAUGUACUGCUGCUGGGAAUAUAUUUGUCUUGAUUUGCCUCUCGACUUUAUCACACGUCAUUGUCAGCAGCAUGCUUUAAGGCGUUUGCCCUAAAGGAAAAAAAACAGGUAAUAUUCCCCCUCUCUUACCUCCCCCUCUUCUCCUCUCUCUCAUGAAUGUUCUUCUUAAUUAAUCACGUUGGUAUUUUAAAUAGAUGGUAUUUUAAAGUGGAACGGAAAGGUAUUUACCCUACUACUGCAAAGACAGGGUGAUCUACAGGAGCUGCCAUACAUCACCAGAAAAAUUUGAAUUUGAAAUGAUGUCAGGAGUUAGUGUUGCCGACUGUAAAAGCUUUUUUUGAAGGUCUUUUUAGUCUGCCAAGAAAAACAACAUCUUUGAGGAACACAGAGUUUAGUACACAGGAGCAAUUCAAGGUGAAACCUCCCCACCUGCUUCUAGCUCAGAGACAGGAACAGCCCCUAUUCUCAGCACAGGUAAGGAUAAUAAUGAGGAGCUAGACUGAUGGCUUCAGCAAACAGAAGGAGAAGGUUAUUUACAUUACGCUGCUGGAGCUAAAGUGGGUUUGUUCAGAGCCACUGCUUCACUGGAAAUAUUGGGGUCACGCUGGCCUUAAGGAACAGUCCUGCUCUGGAGAGGAGUCAGAGGUGCAGAUUCAUUAAAAAUACAUUUGUGACAGCAGAGUAACAAAUGGCUGUGCCUGUGCUCUGGUCCUGUAUACCCUCCCCAUGGUCAUUCAUCAUCUGUACUCAUCGAACUACCAGGUCCAUGUUCACUGUUCAUUAUUCUCUCUCUCCCCCUCUCUCUCUCUCUCUCUCUUUCCCUCUCUCUCUCACUGGGUCUCUGCUGGACUCCCUCAAAUAUUGCUUGAGGGGGAAAAUAAAACUCAGAAGUUUUUUUUUUUUUUUGUAAAGACAUAGCACAUUUGGAGGCAAAGUUCAUAGAGAGAUGGUUCUCAUUUGUUUAACAAUUAAGACAGAACACACCUUUGGCUCCGUUCACUUUACAGCAGGCGCCAGUGUCGACACUUACAGAGGAUAUAGUAAAAGGAAGAACCCUGCCUCCAAGGUUUCAUUUUUUAAACUCUAAAGUCUUCAUAGAAGAGAAAGAUAAAGAUAAGAUAAAAUGAAAGUUUAAUGAUCUCUGUGGAAAAAUUGGGUCACUGAAGAAAUGAAAGAGUAUAACAUUAAAAAGAAUACAAUUGGAGCAGAUAGAGCAGAUUGAGAUAAAUCCACAAAUAGUUGUAUAAUGAGGAUGAAAUUACAGUUGAGAGUCUUUAUCGUGCUACAUGCAAAACUACAGUUCUGUGCUUACAGACCUGCAGACAGAUUUACAGGCUUAAUAUAUUUCUUUAGAUUUUUAUGUUUGGUUUAUGGAUGGGAGCUUUAAAAGAUGACGAGAGCCUAUGAGACUUAGUGAGUUAACUGGAUGUGUAGAGCUUAAAUUCAAGGAAAGACAUGGAUUUUCUCAAACUUUGUCAAACGUGUUAGUGAAGUCAUCUCAGUUUGGUUUUGGUGAUUACAGAUUUAUUACAGAAAACCUGUUACAGACCGGACGUGUGGAGUUUGAAAGACAAGGACACUGACUGUGAAAAGGUUUAAUGAAAGUCAUCUUUCAUUGCAAUAUGGGAUGUGCAGGAUACAGUGUUUUAGGAGCACAGCACUCACUAGGGACUAAAAACCUGGAUAUCUCAGCCUCUGCUGCCUCUGUGUUAGUUCUGUUUUUCAAUCUGUGUCCCUCAAGUCCUCAAACUUUAAGGAAAUAUAAAACAUAAUCACUGGAUAAUCCCUUUAACCCAUAUUCUGAGGCCAGUUUUCUGGCUCUAACUCUCAAACACAGAUGUAUUUUUAAGACAGUUUCUAAAUAAAAUAUAAUGAUAAAAAAAUAAAGUUAUCUGACAUGAGCUUAGACACACACCAGUUUUUCACAGUUAUGACUAAAAUACAUUCCACGCUGCUCUUGAACCUUUGAAGGCAAGACUACUACUAAAUAUUAUCCUUGGUUUCGUUUGUGGACAUGCUUUUUGCCUGACAGUAUUUUCAUUUCUGGCCCAAUCCUCAACGCUUCAAAACUUGCUUCACAAUUUCAUUCUCUGAUGGCAGAGAGCUACAAUGCAAAACAUGGGCUGUACCACAGUGGGCAACUUGGAGUUCAGUGUCUUGCUCAAGGACACUUCAACAUGUGGCCAGGUAUUAAACCGUCAACCCUGCAAUUAAUGAACAACCCACACACUCACCCACUUGCCCUGCAAAGUCUAGGGUUUAAAACUGUACACAUGCAGCAACUUUGAUUGUGAGCUCUAAUUGGCUUUGUGGAUUGGACUUAACUGUUUAGGUUAACUUAAGUCAGACUUUUCACAGUAGUCCAGCUUUAUUUACCUCCUUCAAGGAAAGACCCCCAAGAGACAAGAUGCAGCGUUUUUUUGUACAGUGUUGAAAUUUCAAAAACUAAAACUAAGCAGUUUUUUGCCUAAUGGUGAGAGAUUUGUUGACCCCCUCUCUGCUGGCUGCUGUGGACCAGGAGGGUAAUUGGAAUCAAUUUUGAUGCCGUUAUCACCACUGACAGAUGCACCAGGCCAGAGUGUGAAAAGGUCAGGUGUUGAGGGAGCCCUCCCAAGGGACUGAAGAUGCUUGAGGCAUAAAAAUGUCAUUCCUGAAUCAAUUUCAUGUGUGAACACUGCUUUUAUGUUUGAGGAGGUUUCGAGCAUGACUGUUUCUUGUAGUUUUCCUACUGUUGGCCACCAAACAGCUCCAGAGACCAGGUGGGGGUUGAAUGAGAUGUUUAAGAUAGGGAGACUCCAUCACUUCCCAUCCAGACAAGGACCGAUUCUUUCUCCUGUGCAUCUAAACUUAAAUACAGAAGUGUAGGUCAAGGCAUGUCAAUAUUUUUUAAUCACUCACUGCCUACAUGCUGUAUAAUUGACCCAGGAGUCAUAACCAAGGGUUUCAAUUUGACCCCAGCAGUUCUCAGGGUCAUAUUUUUUAUUCCCAUCCACUCAGCCUACAUCUGGAAGUGUGAGGGAGAAAACAUGCUAUUUGCAUUUUGCUUUGUAUUUAUUUAUUUAAAAAUAUUUAAAUAUGCAGACAUUUUGGGAGUCUGGGCACAGUCUGGAGGACUAGUUUAUUCUGAGUUUGUCUUCUCUGAGAAUCAAGAAAAAAAACAGUGGGGGUUGGUUAGAGGAGAGAGUGAAGAAAUAGCAGAGAAAAAAAUAUUGAAACAAAGAAAGAAAAAUAAUAAGAAAAAAAAGCAAUACCAAGGUAAAUCUUCCACAACUAUGAGUGUAAUAGUCUAUAUUAUUUUUACAUUGUGAAUUAAGAUUGUGGUAUUGAUUGUUUGUCUUGAUAAAUAGGCCGAAUGCGACAAGAAAGUUGCAGCAAAUAUGAAAUCAUGAUGUUAUUUGAGCCAUUAUUUAUCUUAGGCACCACAGCCAAAUCAAUUGUCAUAUGUCCAGUGGAUUUUCUAUGUGAAAUCAUAAAGGAGUAAAUGUUGUUAGUUUCAUUGUCACAGCUCUUCUCAGGAAUAAACAACAUAAACCCCUUUAAAACAAUCUGCUGGCCAAUUUGAUUUCAGAGAUAUUGUUCACCUCUAGAUGCAGUAAAUAAGACACAUCUGAUUGUAUUGGAAGUCUGAAACCCACACACUCAUUCUUUCAAAACCUCUCCAGGGAUUGUCACUAAUGCAAUGGCAGAGCUGACAAAUUGAGUUCCUUUUAUUGCAUCGAACAACAAUGGCAGCAAGUGAGCAUGUCCUUGACUCUGAGGAAUCACAGGUGUGAGCCCGAGGAUGUGUCAAACCUGCAUGCAUGUGAGGCUCAGGAGAGGUAGCCCAGCAGCUCCUUAUUAAUCAACAGCUUAUUGGGCUGCUGGCCAUACCCUUCUCCUCCUCCUUCCCCUCCCCCACCUCCUUUCUUUUCCCUCGCCACCUUCACCCCCACCAUCCUCUUCCUCUAUCAUUCCUCCUCACCGCUCCCCUCCCUUUUUUUUCCCUCUUUACAGCCACAGCCUCCCAUUCUGGUCAGGAGCUCUGCACAAAUGAAUCAUUAACACAGGUUGCCCACUAAUUAAGACCUUUCCCACACACUCUCACAAUAGGAAAGAAAGAAAACACAACAAGGUUCAGUGUGGAAAAAAAAUGAAGAAAAAAAAAACACUGAUUAUUGUGAAUAUUUUAACACAUAAUUCUGUUACCCUGCUUUUGGCUAAUUUGGCCUCAUUACUAAAACAUCUCAGCCCUGUCACAGCUGGUGGUAGGAGCACAGGCAGGCUGGUGCAAUUUAAUUUAAUAGUGUAAAUGAUGAGGACCCUGGCUUACAAACAGACAAGUAGACUGGUAACAAACACAUAAACACAGGUAGCAAGAAAUAUAGCAGGAAUGAGAGUCUGACAACUGACAGGUAAGAAAUACAGGGGAGUAAAUGAGGGAAUGAGGAACAGGUGUGUAGGAAGGCGGGGAGGCUCCAGUGAUUGGGAAUUGGAAACAGGUGAGCAGGUGAAUCUGGGAGCAGGAGGAAAGUCUGAGGACAUCUGGUGGGUGGGUGGAGCAUGACAGGAAUCAUGAGCUGCCUGAGCCGAAAAAAACAAAUUAACUUGAAUUCCAAUUCUUAAGAAACUUGCUAAAGGUUCUUGGCAUAUUACUGCAACAUAUAAAUGUGUUUCCCCUUUUACACUUGGGUUUUUGCAAUAAUGUCUGCAGUAUCUGAUUCAUUCAGCAUCAUGGACUUACAGCCCUAUCGGCUGAUCAGCAGUAUACCAAUACUGUAUACUGUAGAUGUGAACAGGUCAAUACAAACUGACUCUGCAACCUAAAAAUUCUUCAUUUUUUGGUUGGGAGUUUGGUUGUGUUAAUUUUACAGUUGUUUAUUUCAAGUGUCUUUUAAACAAUGAACUGUCAAGAAGAUGAUAAAAAUGAUUCUCUAUAUUUUUUUUAGGAAAUGUAAUUAAAUUAUGAACCCAUUGAAUAAAGCACUCAAUUUAGCUGCAAGAUGCUCCAAGCCAAUAUCCAAUCCAAGUAGUUUCCUUUUUUGACAUACUACUUUUCCCUCAACCUCUCUCACCUAGACUACACCCCAAACAUCUUUGUGUUAAGAUGUACAUGAACAUGCGUCCACAAUAAUCAAUUAUUAGAUUCCCUCCAAAGAAUAAGCUGAAUGGAUUCUCAGUAUAACAUUGUUGCUCUACUUCUUUGAUCCACACAGACUGACAUCAAAACAUGGUUGAUAUUUGAACUGCAAUGACUGGGCCUGUACUCUGAGGUGUUGAACAUAUAGUGGUUGUGGUACAGUCAGGGGGAAUGCUAGUAUGUGUUUAUACAUAUGAAUGUGUACAAGAUUGCUGCUGUUGCUGCUGCAGUAAUAAAAUUUCCAUUCAAGCUUUCUUUCUAAGAGGCCCUGGAGGCUCCACUAUAUAUAAACAGAUGACAAGGCUGUUACCUCAAGGGUCUGUGGCUCCACAGCCUACACACUUGAGCACAAUAGACCAUUCAGGCUAACCAGAGUUACUGGCUCCCUAUAAUGAAAGCCAUCAGGGACACAAACCUAGGCUGCAUUCUGUGGGCACUACUUCAAUACUUCAUGUAAUUUAUUGAGUAACACUUGUUUUCAUCUGGCGUAUGUGUGGGUGAAAUAUGAAAAUCAGGUGUUUUCACAUCGCAGGUGCAUACAGUACAGUCGCUCUAAUUACCUGUUAUAUCUGCAAUGCAAGAGGCAGCAGAUAAAUCUUGAACCUUCAGCUUGUUUGAAGCUUGUUUCAUAAUUGUGUAAUUUUAAGUCAGUUACAGGUGCUUUUGUAGUUUGUAUUGAACCUGGAGGUUGAGUUUUGACAAGUUUUGGCUCUCAUUUAAAAUGGGUUAAGACUGAAGGUGGUAUGUCUCUGGGAAAAUGCACAGUGGAGUGCAAAAAAAGGGGUAGAGGAGGGGAACGGCGGGAAGAUAAAUGUUUUGUCUGGCUGGAUAAAUAAAAGCAGGGAGAUAAAGUGAUCUUUGAGAGAAGCAGGCUGAGAGUAAACAGAGGUGUUAGAUAGAGAGGAAGAAUAAAAAAAUACCAGAGAAAAAAGGUGGGGAGAGAAAAAUCUGAAAGCUUGCAUGGACACGAGUGAGCAGCCAAUCUCAAAAUGGCUUGAAUAACUGAAUGUCAUAUACAGUAAAUACUUUUUAGUCAACCAGCAUAGAAAAGCUUAUUUGACAAAUAGAAAUUAAAAAAAAAAAAACAAUACUUCACAUCAGUACUGACCUUGAAUUAAGCAAGGACAAACACUCUCAUGGUGGAAAACCAAAACAAAAUGUGGCAAAUGUGAUCAGUCAUAGAAAAAACAUUUGGAAAAAAUCAAGAUCAAGAUUAAGACAGAGCUGCAGUGAAAACAUUCAGUCUACAUUUUUCAUCCUUGAACUUAAAGACAACAUGAUUACAGUAUGAAUAGCAGUAACCAGUAAGUAGUCUUUGUAUCUUUAACAUAGUCUUACCUUGUGCCUUUUUAAGUAUUUUAUUUAUUUAUUUAUUUUUGAACAAGAACAAGUGUCAUUAAGCUGAAACCACUGCAGCUGAAAGCUUACUUAAGGACCUGCCCACCUCUUCAGGAAAUGCUGAAACAACAUGCCUACUCCUAAAUACAGUAGUACUGGUGCAAAAAUGCAGUUUUUAAAAUUAUCUUUAUUAUGGAUAGAGUUACAAAACCUUUGUGCAGGUGUCUCGUUAUACUCAUAUACUUGAAGUUGCAGAUUCUGAUCUUGUCUCCAAGUUAUCACACAGAGCUGUAAGUGGACAUUAUGUGCUACUGCAGUGAUUUAGUAUGGGAAUGCUCAACGGGUGUGGAACUAGGCUACUGCAUCUCAGUGCAAUACAUUGAUUGAGGCAUAAUUAGAUGAGGUAUAAAAAGCAAGUAAGGUGACCUAAGGUAACCAACAAUUACCACAUCUCUGUUGUGUCAUGGAAAUCCAUUGUGAUUUCAAAACAGGAACUUUGAACUUGUUACUUUUUCAAAAAGAGAACUGACUGUAAAAAAAUCCAAAAUGAUGCAAUCGCUCAGUAAACUCUGCAGCCACAGUGCGCGCUUUCUGUACCCUCUAACCGCUAUAACUUAUGUAAUUUACACACUUAAAGUGAGAGUGCACACUACGUACAAUGUUCAAUGAAUGAUGUGCCAUAUUAUUCAAUGUUCACUGAGCACUAAUGACAGCGCUGCUGUGAAUAUUUCAAGGUUUUAAACCCUUCAUUCAACAUUUGUGAUGUAAAAACAAAGUCUGAUAUCUACUGAUGCACAGUAGGAACGUAUUCAGAACGUAACAGAUCAACAGCUGACAGUAUGAGGUCGGCAAUUUAUUGAUAGAGGAUUUACGUUACAAAUGAGUGUUGUGAAAUGUUUGUAAUAAAGCUACAUUUGAAAUGAGGUACACACAAAGCCGAUCAUUACUGAAUCACUUGAAAAAAAUCUCAACAUUUCUCUUUUUUUUUUUCAUAGUGGCAGUGCGAAGUAUGACUAUAGGUCUUACCAUGGGUUUUGCAUAGAUCAACAUCAAGAAUAAAUGAACAGAACUUCAAUUUUGGUCAUCAUGUCUUCAACUUAGUCAAAGGAUUUCACAGCUCUUAUUAGUUGAAGUACAAAGGCACAAGGUAGCUUCUUACUAAGGCAUGACACUGUUGUAUUAAGAACCGUCCACUGCUUUACACAUUGUUGUGUCGUAAAGCAAAGACUAACUGGAAAUAAUAAUUACAUACUGCAUACGUGAGUACUUAAAGCUGGAGUGCGGGACUUUACAUUCUGUUACAUUCAAGCCAUUGCAGAAUGAGUUCACACAAUGCUGAUUAAAGCCUAUGAGCACCAGGUAAAUCUCUCUGUAUUUACAGUGCACCAGAAUUUUACAUCAGGUGUCUGUGGCGCCAUUUCUGCACUGGCUAGCGAUGCAUGAUACAUCAAUCAUUAAUGACUGGUUUACCAGACUGAGGAGAGGGACUGAGAUGGUCAGAGUAUGGCAGAAAAAACAAAAAAAAAGUUAUCUGAUGCUCCAGAUAAAAAAAAGAAACUCUGCAUUUAAAGGACAGAUUAUAGUCUAAAAAGCAUAGCAAUCGAUGGUGAGGACAAAUGUUGAUUGUAAUUCCUCUCAUUGCCAGAAGGGGGAGACAAAAGUUCCGCACUGCAGGUUUAAUAAUUUACAGAACACAAAGAGAAACACAUGUGACUCUUAUUGUCUGUAACAUUAAUAAAACAAAAACAAAAAAAAAAA